AUGAGUUCGAUUCUCCCCAGAAAUAUUUUCACCUCCAUUUGGGAGUGGGAUCCCAUUGCUGCCGCGGCUCUAGCCAGUGCUGCCUCGGCUCUAGCCAGUGCUGCCUCGGAUGUUCUCAUAACCUACGCAGGAGACAUGAGCAAAUAUGAUCGGAAGCUUGCGAAUCAUAUAGAUCUCUCUUGCAAGAGACUAACCACAGUAAAAAAUGAGGUAGCCAAUUGGAACCCUUUCGUUGAAGAAGCUGGAGAAUCUUCUGGAGAGGCUUCUGAAGAAUCUUCUAGAGAGGCUUCUGGUGCAGGUAAGAGGCUUCAAUCUUCCUUAUGUUUCACUUAUUAG